UAAAGUUAAUUCCCACCGAACAUAAGUAUAGUCGGGGAAUUCGGGAAUUCUGGCAGCCAACCAUUCUGUAUACUAAUGCUUAUACACUUUAUACUUGUAUAGCUGGGACGUGCCAGUAAUAAACGUAGUGGACUAUCUUCUCUCUAUACUAUACAACAUAUAUAAGUGAGGACGAUACGGAGUAAAAGCGCGUCGACGAGUAUUAGUUAUAGCCAACGUAACGCUACGCCAUUUCCCUUAAAUUUUGCUUUAAUUUCACUAUCACACUUUAACUAUUAAAUAUAUAUAUGUAUAUAUACAUCCCAACGUGUAUUUCAUUCUAUCUGAAUAGAACAUUAAUAAAUUUGUUGAGUAAACUCUCUAUAAACCGGCUUCUGAUCAAUGAGUACGCUCUUCUCAUAACAUCCUACUACUUGUGUGUUGAACCAAACUUUAUAACGUGCUAACGUUUAACUAAAUAUUUUAAUUUCAAGUGUUUGUUUUCUGAUUAUACUCUAGAUUAAAAGUUAACGGUUAUUGUAUUUGUUUUAGAAUUUUUUUUUUAUCUUAAAGUGUUUACUAGUGUUUUCGAUUUGUAGUUAAAUAAAAAAAAAAAAGUUGAUACACAAAAAUAAUGGCUGAUACGGAAAAAAAAUAUUCGUCUGAGUACGGAAGACUGCGGAGACUAACUAGUUCGAUAGAUCCUCAAAUUCGACAAAUCAGCUCGGAAUAUGGACUCACGGAGGAUCAAGUUGCCGAAUUUAAAGAAGCGUUUAUGCUAUUUGAUAAAGAUGAGGACGGCACGAUUACAAUGGCUGAGCUUGGGGUCGUUAUGCGUUCACUGGGACAAAGACCAUCAGAAACGGAAUUACGAGAUAUGGUGAAUGAAGUUGACCAAGAUGGAAAUGGUACUAUUGAAUUUAAUGAAUUCCUACAGAUGAUGUCGAAAAAAAUGAAAGGUGCUGACGGUGAAGCUGAAUUACGAGAAGCAUUUAGAGUUUUUGAUAAAAACAAUGAUGGUUUGAUUUCAUCAAUGGAGCUACGACAUGUGAUGACGAAUUUAGGUGAAAAACUAUCUGAGGAAGAAGUUGAUGAUAUGAUUAAAGAAGCUGAUUUAAACGGAGAUGGAAUGGUUAAUUAUGAAGAAUUUGUGACAAUCCUGACGGCUAAGAACUAGUUUGUGUAAAAACAAACCGGAGGACAAAAAAAAAUUAAACAAAACUAUAAACUACUGCGACUAGAACUUCUCGAGGAGGACUUUUAAAACCUUAUAUAUUUCUGGUGAAAAUUCUUAGUUGGUUAAUAAAGAUAAAACAAAAGUCGGAUAAACUGAAAAUUUUUAAAAGAUUAAGUUUUGAAUGAAGUAUAUUGAGGUCAUAGAGAAGCAAAAGGUAUAAAAGAAAUAUAUAAUAAACUCAAAGAAUGAACGAAAAGUUUCUUCAUAACAAUAUUCAGACUAUCAAAAAUCCUUAAAAAAGUUAAAAUUUCACGACGAUUGUAAUGUUCGCAACUACGUCGGCGGGUUCCUAUACUACUGUUAAUGCUGGUCCACUGCACAGCUGCUAAUUGCGUCGUCAAAACUAUUUAUACUUUAAUUUAAAAUUAAUCUGUUGUUAGAUUAAGAUGGAGGAAAAUACUUAAGUACUUUAGAGAGAGAGAAAAAAAAACGAGGAGAGAAGAGAAAAAAGUUAAGAUGCAUCAAAAAACAAUCAACUGAGAGCUUUGAUUAACAUACAUUAUAUUAAAUAUAUGUAUGUUUCUAUAUACUGUUUAAAAAUUUAAAAAAUUCCACAGACUCAAAUUAAACAAAUAAACAAACAAACCAACAAACGGCUUUAAAUUAUUGAAGAAAGUCUUUAAUACAAAUUAACGUUUAUUUGCUACAUUAAACAGCCAUAUAUUGAUAAAUAAAAAAACAACUUUAUGAUAAGUUAAAUUUCGCUCAACUAAAUAAAAUAAAAAAAUAAAAUUGCCAAUAUUGUUCGGAUUUGAAUGAAAAUAAUUUCAUAACGUAAUGGAAUUAAUUUAAAUUAAUCAUACGAAGGAAUUUAAAAAAAUUAUUUUAAAAGAAAAUAAAUAAAACGUUGCAACGUUACUGAACUGAAACCGUACAAUAUAGAAGAUUCCAUUUUAUUUAUAUUUUUUUGACAUAUUUUUUUAAUAGCUUAUUAUUUAAUUGAUACUCGAAAAAAAUUAUUUAAACUCAGAUAAAUUUAAUUUCAAAUUCUAAUUUUCUUAGUUACGGUAAUAAAAAAAAAAAAAAUUAAUAAUACACUUGGACAUUAAGUAACUUCGUCAUUGUCUUUCUCUACAAUUACACCCGCUAGUAAAUAUCGGACCUAUAAUUAUACACACUAAGAACCUUAAACAUCUAAAAUUAAAAAAUUAAUAAAUAAAUAAACAUAAUAAAUGAUCCAAUAGACACUAGAUUAAAUAUUUCUCGCGUAUUGCGAUGUAGAAAAAUAACGCGUGGAAUUAAAUGUAGUUUAAUGAGUGAUGUUGCUAUUAGAACAUAUUUCCAUUGUUUGAUAUUACAAAAAAAAUAUAAGAACAUAAAACCAAAUAUAUAAAAGUAUAUACGGUAAAUCCGUACCCUUAAUCAAGAAAAAUAAAUUUAAAUAAAAAAAAAAAAAAA